AUGCGAACAUUUGGAUGGAGUAAUAUGAGAGUGAAAAUCGAUGAUCGGCAGUUGCACCAUCUUUGCUUUGCUGAUGACAUCGUCCUUAUACCAAACCUUAGCCAAGCGGAGCGUAUGCCUGCCCGCUUUGACAAAACCUGUGGAAAGAUUGGUCUUCGACUAAAUCUCACAGAAACGACGUUCAUGAGAAGCGGAUUGGUAUCGUACGCCCCAUCCACGCUCAACGGAACGAAUAUCUCUGACUGCUCCAGUUACGUCUAUCUUGGUCGGGAAAUCUACAUGAUGAAAAACUUAGCCCCAGAGCUGAGCGGAAGAAAACGAGUGGCGUGGAGAGCUUUCAAGAGCAUCGACGAUGUAGUGAAGGGAACAAAGACCACCCGCCUCCGCACCCACCUCUUCGACUCAACGGUACUUUCUGCCUUAACAUAUGCGUUAUAA